GUCCUGACUGAAGUACAAUUCACCCAAGAAGGCAAAAAAGAAGGCAGAAGGAGCAAGUUCAAAUGUAUUUUCCAUGUUUGAUCAAAGUCAGAUCCAGGAGUUUAAAGAGGCUUUUACCAUCAUGGACCAGAACAGAGAUGGAUUCAUUGAUAAAGGGGACCUGAGAGACACAUUUGCUGCUCUGGGACGUAUAAAUGUGAAGAGUGAAGAGCUGGAUGACAUGGUCCAGGAGGCACCGGGGCCAAUAAACUUCACUGUCUUCCUUACAAUGUUUGGGGAAAAGCUAAAAGGCACAGACCCAGAGGAAACUAUCCUGAAUGCUUUCAAGAUUUUCGACCCUGAUGGAAAAGGCCACAUUAAAGCAGAUUACAUUCGUGAGAUGCUUACUACUCAGGCAGACCGCUUCACUCAGGAAGAGAUCACCCAGAUGUUUACAGCUUUCCCCCCAGAUGUUGCUGGUAACCUAGAUUAUAAGAACCUAUGCUAUAUUAUCACCCACGGUGAGGAGAAAGACCAGGAGUAAAGAUCUGAAGUUAUAUCCGAAGGUUCAAUAAAAGAAAACAACACAAAAGGGGAACAAAAUGUCAGCAUGUCAUAAAGCUGCUGUGAUGAUCAAAGCGAGUGAAAUUGUUCUAACUUUAUAAAUAUUAAAAACAAAUAUUCUGAGCCGA